AAGCUUCGAAAGCUUGUGCGGAUUCAGUUCAUAUAAAUCGAUAUGCAACCCAUUUGACAUUCACUAUUGCAUGCUGUGCUCUUAACCUCAAAUUAUCUAUUUCACAACAUAACUUUGACACCAAUAAAUCAAUAUCUGAAUAGUUUCAAAUUACUCAACAAACAAAAGCAAGAAUGGGAAACACGGUGUCAGCGGCUGAGGCGGUUGCCGCAGGAAUAACACAUGCAUCAAAUAAACCAGAUCUAGUUCCUGAUCAUAGUAAAUUCGAUAUGACUUCCGGUACACCACCACCCGAAUGUCCAAUGCAUCAAAAAGUAGCAAAACCAGCAGCAUCAGUCAGCGAAUGUCCCGUGAUAAAUAAUGACAAUGACAUCAAUCCGUAUAAUAUGAUGCCGCCAGCUAAUCAAAACCGAGCACCAGAUCAACCGUUUCCACUACCCACAGAUCGACAAGUUUCAACGAUACCAAAGGCAACCGAAGGUGAGAAAAAAGAAUUCUGGGUGUAUCCAAGUCAACAAAUGUUCUGGAAUGCAAUGUUGCGCAAGGGAUGGCAAUGGAAAAAGGAUGAUUUGAAGCCACAUGACAUGGACAAUAUCAUCAAAAUUCACAAUGCCAACAAUGAACAAGCCUGGCAAGAGGUGCUUAAAUGGGAAGCGUUACACGCUAGAGAGUGUGGCAAUCCACGAUUGAAGAGUUUCGGUGGCAAAGCCAAAGAUUUCAGUCCAAGAGCUCGCAUUCGCAAUUGGCUCGGAUACGAAUUGCCAUUCGAUCGUCAUGACUGGAUUGUUGACCGAUGUGGACAGGAUGUGCGUUACAUCAUCGAUUACUAUGACGGCGGCAGUCCCGAUGAACAUUAUCGAUUUGCAUUGUUGGAUGUUCGACCUGCAAUGGAUUCGCCCGGAAAUGUGUACGAUCGUGCUCGAGUCUGCUUGUGGCGAUGGAAACAAGAGUUGUUAGAAAAAUUUAACAUGGAAUAGAAGUAAUUUUUAACAUGAAAUUCAUGAACACAUCAGCGUCUCUAAUUAAAUAAUGACUCAUAAUUUAUGCUAGAGUUUCGGUGAAGAUGAUGAAAAAAAAAAUCUCUAGCCAUUGACUCAAGCGAAACUCUGGUUUAACUUAUACAUGUAGAUUGUAUUUUUUUUGCUGUUUUGAGACUCAACUGAGAAACAUACGUUUUAGCAUUGUAGCCAACUAUUUCACGAGAAAAACAAAACACUUUCCGAUAUUGAUGUGAAUUGAUUCUCAAAUACAAUUUUUAGUAUAAUUAUUUAAAAAACCUAGAACAAAAAAUAAAAUGAAAAUAUUCGGACAAUUCGAAAAUGUAAAUUUUCUGCGAAAAAUAUGUUAAAUGAACGAAGGCAUUGUUAACAUUUUAUUCUGUCAAUAUGAAAGAGUGUUUGAUUAAAUAUGUAAAAAAAAAAUUGAAACUUGUACUACCGUA